GGAGAUGAGACGACUUGCAAAGAACCUAACACAAACUCAAGAGCACGUCAUAAAACAUGAGCAUCAACUGGGUUACAUAUAAAGAAGGGUCUUUCAAAGAGCCAUUGCUUCUUGAAAAUGAAUGCGUCUUUUCUCACUACAAUGGAAUUGCGCUUUCUCUCUUAUGCAAUCCUCCUUCUGCCAAAUCUUGGACCUCCACAAAAGGAUGCCUGUAUCUUACAAAUCAACGGAUAAUAUACAUCACUGACGAAGAGAAUAACACCUUUGCCGAUUUCCAAGUACCAAUCAGCAAUAUAAAGGAUACCAAGCUGAAUCAACCAUUUUUUGGUGCUAAUUACUAUUCAGGCGUAGUAAUGCCAGUCAAAAAUGGCGGAAUUCCUUCUGAAGCAGAGGUUAAGUUCCAGUUUAACGAAGGCGGAAUCUUUGAUUUCGUAGAAUGUUGGAAUCGGCUAUUACAAAGGUAUCAGGAAGUUGAUAGUGCUUCUCGCGUUCAACAUUUGGAUCCUUUACCACCUUACCAUCGUCCAAGUUCCAGCCAAGACCAGCCUCCCCAAUAUGAUGAAGCAAUUAAGCAGGUAUAAAAUACAAUUCCCCUUUGCAUUAACUCGUUUCAUCCUUAUUAAAUGAAGCUUUAAAUCUUAUUGAGCUUCUCGCAUGCGGUAGGCAGAGAGUGCUCAAACGUUUUUGUUUGUGCUCCGUUUUUAAGGACCUAUGGCUUUUGUGAGAAAAAAGCCAAUAACUUUUUUUUCCUAUCAACCAGAAAACAAAAAACAAAUUGUUUUGUAACAUUAUAGUUUAAUCGUGUUUGCUUUUCUCCUUUUUUUACCGCGGUGUCAUACAGAUAGCUAUACUCGAUUUUAUAUGAACAGACGCAAGUUCGUCUUAAUGGUGAUUUUGCCAACUUCUUUUUGUUCCUUUUCCUAGAUUUCAAGUGACUCUCAUCCCUACUUACCGUUUUCUACCCUAAAAUUGUGAAUCGUUCUUCCUUCCUGUGUUUAUGGCCUACUCUAUACUAAUUUAACCAGCCGUUAGCUUCCCCUGUUAAUGUUUCGUAAUCAUGAUGCAUAUUAUUGUUUAUAUGCUAAAAUAGAUUAUUUUUUCUUUCCCUUUCCAGAUUCCUUAUUGUAUGUGCGUACGAAGAAAGUUUUUGAUUGUUGUUAUCUGCGAACCGAAACAUGUCGACAUUUUUAUAAUCAUUUUUAUAUAUAGCCGACUGAAUGCUUUGAUAUCAAAUCGUAUUUUAUUCCAAUGUCUUACAAUGAUUGAAUAAAAGAAAGGUGCUAUCACUGUUCUAAUUUACCAAAAGAAAGCUUGAAUAAUAUUAAGUUUACGACUCGCUUUUUACAGAUUUUCUCUGAUGAAAAUUAAUCACCCUCUAUUACCCUUUUUGUUUUUUUUUGCCCUUUUUUGUUGUUUUCAUUUACUCGAAAGCAAAUCAAUGAGAAUAUACUGCAACCGCUUCGUCUUAGUGACACAUCUUUCAGAAAUGACGGAUCAUACAUUGUGCUUCAAUUUAUGCAAUAUAUCGAUGAAUUGUCCUCCGUUUGCGUUAACUCUAAUGUUGGAUAUAUACCCCAAGUUGUAUAGUGACUGUUGUAAACAAUCUUAAACGUCUCAAAUUCCAAAUCAAGCAGGUUGUAAAGGGGUUCACCGUUUUGUAAAUUAUAGAAAAACGGCAUCACUUCAACAACAGAGAAAGUAUACCAAAAGAGUGCUCAGUUUGUAUCUUAAAAAGAAGCGGUCACCAUUAUUUCGGUCAAAAAUGAGUUUUGCUGUAAAACGAUCUUCCAGAAAAUAAGCAAUUUCGCUUUUUUAUGAUGCUAUGAGUCUAAUGUCUCUUUGAGGGAUGACAACUUUAAUGUUAGUUCCAUGUUUAAAUGAAUUAAUAUGUAUAUAUUUCAAAACCGU